AUGGAGACAGAUCUGGAAAAACUAAGGCUCCAUUCGAAGUGCAAUGUCUCUUGGUUGGCAGCAAAUGAGCUUAGUGCUGAGGUUUCAACCUUCAAUUUGAAGGGAAGUUUGUCAUGCUUGUUUGUGUGGACUCUCGCAUGUGUCCGUCAACUAUGGAAGGUUUCCAAUCAGGUGAAGCCUCUGCAAUUCACAGUGUGGCAAGUCCAGUGCCUUCUUAAUCCUUAUGAAGAACAAUAUUUCAAAGCAGUAAUCGAAGAGAGUGUUAGGCUUAAUCCACCGUUUCCAAUACCAGUUCCUCGAGAAUCAAUGGAAGACGUAAAAUUACUAGACUAUGACAUACCUGCUAAAACUCAAGUCCUUAUUAAUGUUUGGGCAAUUGGAAGAGACCCAUUAUCAUGGGAUGAACCAGAGGUGUACCGGCCUAAGAGAUUCUUGAAUAGUGAUAUUGAUUUCAGAGGACUAAACUUUGAGUUGAUUCCGUUCGAAGCUGGCAGGAGGGGUUGCUCAGGAAUUCCUUUUGCUAUUGUGAUAAUUGAGCUAGCAUAA